AUGACUGAAUUAUCCCUUAUCAGAACCUUCAACAGCAAAGUUGCUUCGGUCUUUCCCUCUGGCCUCACUGCUGUCUUCAUUGGAGGAACCAGCGGCGUGGGUGAGUACACGCUUAAAGCUUUGAGCAAAUACGUACCAAGAUCACGAUUUUACAUUAUUGGUCGCUCGAAAGAGUCCGCGGACCGUAUCAUAAGGGAAUGUACUGAGCAUGGCCACGAAUGCCGCUUUGAGUUUAUAAAAGCCGACAUCAGUCAGUUAAAGCAUGUCGAUAGUGUCAGUCGCCAGAUAAUGGCCAAAGAAGACUCAAUCAAUCUUCUAUUUCAGACACAAGGAACCAUGGCUUUCAAGACAACCACUGCAGAUGGACUUCCUCUGACUGCCGCUCUCGGGAUUCAUACCCGAAUCCGCUUCAUCCAAAAUCUCCUCCCAUUAAUACAACGCGCCAAAGGGCUCAAACGUGUUGUUUCGGUUGGAGCGGCUACGUGUGAGGGUGACAUUGACCUUGAUAAUAUUCUCGCUGUUGGUGUUCCUCUCCUUCAAUUUCGCGAUCAAUUAGCCUCUGUGAUGACACUUGCACUGGAGCACUUGUCCGAGGAGGCACCCGAUGUCAGCUUUGUGCACACGUGCCCUGGUGUUGUGGAUAGUGGCAUCUCUCGAGAUGCGCAAGGGUUCAGCUUGAAAGUCAUGCUCUUGGUUUCCAGCUUAUUCAAACCGCUGGUUGCCACACCUCCGGCCGAAUCUGGAGAGAGACACGUCUUUGCUGCAACAAGCAGAGUUUAUUCACCGAGAAAAAGGGGACCAACCACUUCCUCAGACAAAUCGGAAGGUCUACCUUUGGCUCGGGGUAGUACGGGGGAGAUAGGCUCUGGCGUCUACUCGGUGGGGCCAAAGAACGAGAUCCUCCCUGAUAAAGCGCUCUUAGUACUGAAAGGGUUUAGAGAGGACGGGACAACAGAGAAAGUUUGGAGAUAUAUAAUAGAGAGCUUUGAGAGCAUUAUUGGCAUGUCGACGCCAGUGCAUUAG